AUGCAAUCUUUCUUACAGUAUAGUCGCUUAGGACAAGCUCUCGAGGUACAACUAAGUCGAGAUAGGCAAAAGCUUUCGCAGCUGCGCCAACAGCAACGGGAACUCGAGGAUGGCAAACGAAACGGAUCACCCGCAGACGAGAAUGACCUGCAAGCUGGCCCAGGAGCAGAAAAGAAGGAUGGUCCUGCACAAGACACAAGCGCCAACGUCAACAUCAGCCUAGAAUCGGUGUCCUCGCAAACUGACCAAGGGAGCACAGAUGACCAAAUAUUCAGGAAGGGUGACGAUAUUGAGCCUGCAGAAAUCCCAGACGGUAUAAAUUUGGAGGAGCUCCGCGCCGUCCCUACACAUCAAACAACCGGCACAAUGCUAGGCCAUGCAAUGAGUGGCAUAACGGUCCGCCAACGAACAACAAGAGAAGGGGGCCCCGAAUCGGAGAGUGUAUUCGUCGUCUCUUGGGAGUCAGAAGAGGACCCCUUGAACCCGAAAAACUGGGGUUUUGCCAAACGAAUGGUGUUGACAUCUAUAAUCUCGUUGGUCGGUGGGAUUGUGGGAUUCGCAGGAGCGAUUGAUUCAGCAGUCAUCCCUGAAGCAGCAGCAGAGUUCGGGGUGAGAGAGAUCAUCGAGGCGCUCGCGACAGGCCUAUUCUUGAUUGGCUUUGGUUUCGGGGGUCUGGCAGCAGGGCCGCUUUCAGAAACGGUUGGUAGAAAUCCGAUUUACAUCAUCACGAUGAUUUUAUAUAUGCUGUUCUUGAUUGGAGCCGGUGCAUCACCAAAUAUCCAAUCUCAACUUGUCUGCCGGUUCUUUGCCGGCAUUUUCGGUGCUACACCUCUGGUAUGUGCCGGUGGUUCCCUGUCGGAUAUCUGGACGCCGCAGGAACGAGUCUUUGCGUUUCCAUUGUUUGCUUGCUCUUCAUUCCUAGGGCCCUUAGCCGGUCCUAUUGUUGGCGAUUGGAUUGGUCAAAGCUCGGCUAUAAGUUGGCGCUCGACCGAAUGGGUCACUUUGAUCGCAUCUGGCAUGACUUUAAUCCUUGUCUGUCUGGUUCAACCUGAAACUUAUGCUCCUGUGCUCCUCGGAUGGAAAGCUCGACAUCUCCGUCGACUCGCUAAUGACGAACGAUUCCGUGGCGCCAUUGAAAUACGGGAUACAUCGUUGCUCGCCCGUCUCGGUAGAGCCCUGUAUCGCCCAUUUCUCAUGUUUGUUCAGGAACCAAUUCUGGUCCUCUUUGGCCUUUAUGUGACGGUGGUUUACAUUGUGUUGUUCACUUUUUUCACCGGCUAUACGUAUAUCUUUACCGACAUCUACGGGCUUUCCCAAGGCAUGACGGGCGUUUGUUUUGUCGGCGAAAUGGUUGGGGUUCUCUCUUGCUCUGCCCUCAUUCCACUCAACAUACAUCUCCGCAAGCGAGAUGUUGCACGCGCAAAAGCUCUCGGCCCUGACGUGAGCGUAGCCCCUGAAUCACGGCUGUACUGGGCCAUGAUUGGCGGUCCAUGUAUCCCCAUCAGCUUAUUCUGGAUGGGCUGGACUGCUCGCCCAGAGAUCUCUAUUUGGUCUCCUCUGGUAGCCUCCGGGUUUUUCGGUUUCGGCGUUUUGUGUGUGUUCAUGACAACCUAUCAAUAUCUCAUGGACACAUACGAAGUAUAUGCUGCCAGUGCACUGGCUGGUAUCACGUUUAUUCGGUAUAGCGUUUCCGGCGCGUUCAUCGAGAUUUCCCUGCCGUUCUAUGAGAACAUGGGUGUCGCGUAUACCUUGACCGUUCUGGGCAGUUUGAGCGCUGUGCUGGUGUUGAUUCCCUUCGCUUUCCAUCGGUAUGGACCAGCGAUCAGGAAGAGAAGCAGUCGUUCUCGGGUCAGCAAGCGAGUGCAUCACGCUUGUGACAACUGCAGGCUCUACCAGAGCUGUCGCUACAAUGGUUCAGCAGCCGUAUCAGCACGCUCGGCUGGACAUACAGGAAGGAGUCUUGCACAAUUGGAAGAAAGUAUGGAGUUGAUGCUGGAAAGCGCAAUCCAGCAGAGUAUGGACAGUGUGCGUGCACAACCUCCCCAAGCCCGAGGGUUUCAAUCGGCUGUGCUUUCCUCACCUAACGGGCCAGAAUCUCUACCUCCUAGUGUUGUCAUAUUGCACGCAAUCGAGCUUUAUUUUCGGUUCUGCCAUAGGCAACCACUUUGGUUGUUCGAACGUGAAGAGGUCUCAUCCUCGAAUGAGAUUGCAGAAGAGCUGAUAUUUGCUCUACUGGCGCUCGUCGUGCGAUUUUCCGCGUGUACAUAUUUUGAAGGUUCACGUCAGGAACUCUCUCGAAGAUACGGUGAAGUUGCCAGAGGACAGAUUAUGUUUCGUAUUGCACAGGGCGCGGUGAAAUUGUCGACAAUCCAGGGUUUGUGCUUGUUGUCAUUUGCUUACUUUACAGCCAAAGAUACCCACUUGGCAUGGUUUCAUAUAAAUCUUGCAACUUCCCUGGCGAACAUGGCCGAUAUGAAUUUUGAAACUGAAACGGGACUGUCCAAUUCGAUAGCCGAGUCAAGAAGAAGAGUAUUCUACAGCAUUUUUCUUCUCAACCAGACUUAUGCACCACGUUCAAUGCUACUCAACAUGCUAGAGGACAUCGAAAAUCCAAAAUAUCUAGAACCGAAACGAGAUCCUAGACGAGAGUCCGGACAGUUGCCCCCCAUGACGCCACGAGACUCUACCAAUAUAACGCCAGUUGACAGGGUCGAGCGUGCAGGAAUAUGGAUAUAUAUGAUCCAGCAAUCAUCCCUGUGGCGCGAAGUCCGAGGCUAUGUCUCGCAGUGUGCGGACGGUACCCAAAAGCCGCCCUGGGCACCGGAAUCAGGGUAUGCAGUGAUCGGGGCGCAUUUAAUGGAGCUUGAGACAAGAUUUCCGAUGUAUCAUCGAUAUGAUGCGGUGAAGUUUCUCGGUCGAUCAACUGAAGAACUGCAACGAAAUCGUGACUACUGGAGCCCUUGGCUAUGCAUUCAGAUUGUGUAUCACGCUAUCCACAGCGUGCUAAACCAUCCAUUUCUGUAUUCUUCUCGACCAAACCAGUCUAUCCAAAUGUCAGUUCCGAAUACAUUCUGGAAAACCUCGUCUGAACUGGCUUUUCUGCACUCUUCGUGGACAGUGCGGUUAAUAGAUAUGGUUUGGGAGAAAGACUACGAAGUUUCUGAUCCUUUUCUUGGACACUGCGCCGCCAUUGCUGCCACAAUACACGUAUACUACUGCAGAGCUACGGAUAUCCGCGUGAGGACUUCGGCGCAAAGUACUAAAUGGCCUAUAUGCCAGUUAAUCUACGACAGGCUUGAUUCGUUAGUGCAGUCGGCUCUUGGGUCUAAAUCCCAGAAAGAAACUGACAGCUCGAAUCGGCGGAUAGUCUCUAUCAAUACAGGGCUGAUGUGGGAUAUUCUCGACUACACCUGUCCAAAGACAGCGUCUCCGCAGAAAACUUGCCGCGGUCUCUUUGACCCAAGCGUUGUCGGGAACAAUUGUCCUUUAAAUACCAAAGUCAGAGGCAAAUAUAAGGGUAACGACAGUGACGAGAAUGAGGACGUCGAUGAUGUAGUAGAAACACAGAUUUUCCAUCAUCCCAACCCGGCGACCGAAGUCGACACAUCAAACGGAGGACAGGAAUUGCCGCCGUACUCGGGCACAGCUACCCGUCGCAGGCGUAUUCAUAACAGUGUCAAUCAGAAUGGUUCCGCGUAUGCGGGAAGAAGCACACAUUCAGCACCAGCUCACGAACGACCGUUUGUUGGUCAGCAGCAGCAUGACCAGGAACAGCAAGAAACAGAUGCGGUGAUUAUCUGGCCAGCUUAUGACAUGUGGAUGAGUGCAUCUACCAUGGAUGUGAGCAAUGAUCCGUUUUUCCAGUUCCAAGAUCACGAUAUGCCCUGGGCUGGAUCGUGGGAGAUAGGAAAUCUGUAG